GAGUAGUUUGUAUGUACUGUUGGGUUGGUGUAUAAUUUAUAACAUGCUUAUAAUCUCACCCUGAUAAUAUAUCAGAUAAUUUAAAUUAUAAAUUUAAACAUUUGUGCUAAUUUUUGUUAGAAUAUGCAUAAUAGAAAAAUCUACAAAACGGAUCUCUGCAAAAUAAUCCAGAGGACCUACCGCAAAUUCAUAAAGUUGCAAAUUGCGGCCAACUUUCUCUUUUAUUCUAACUUUCGCAAAACGUAUUAGAGUGACAGAGAAAGAUACCCGCAAUUUGCGAAAUUCAGUAAUCGCGGUAGGCCCUCAGUAAUAUAACUCAAAUUUCUAGUAUUGCAACACUUAUGCCAAAUAUAACCUCAAAAUGAAGUCAAGCAAGCUUUCAUAAAUAAUGUUUAGUAAAUUGUCAAUAAUAUUUAAUUAGAUAUAUUUUUUAUCAUAAACAUUUUGUUGUUAGUUCAUACGUGUGUUUACUACUAUAUAAAGUAUUACUGUGACUGAGUUUACCAUGAGCUUCUUUCGUCCAUCAACUGUGCCAUGAAAUGAUUUUAUAAUGGCUACUUCUGAAAAUUGGUUUAAUCGGAGGAAAGGUAAAACCACCAGUGAUGUGUUUAAAUUGGACAUCAAAAACAAAACACCAAAGGAGAAUGUAAUAUCAAUAAUUGAAGGGCUGUAUUUAAUGAAACCAUUCCAUCAUGAGGUUUCACCCACAAACAAAACUGUGCCAAAGAUCACAGUGUUCCGUGGAGCUCAGAGAAGUAGCUCAGACACCCGCAAACUGUCUUACUUGAAUGCAUUGGUGACACUACUCGGCAAGGAAGACAUCAGCAACCUAGGAUUCACUUCUGAUGAAUUGAUGACAUGCAUAAGAAUAAGCCUGGUGGAUGAGUCCAUGGUGUUGAGAGCUGCAGCUUUAAGAGUGCUCAGAUAUUUAAUCAGAACGGAAAGUGAUGUUGCAACAUUCAAUAACCUGAGGUUGCCUUAUCUGGUCACAAGAUCAAUGGACCUCAUGCUCCGCAACGAAGAGGAGCGCGCCCAAGCACUCCGCGUGGUCCGACGCGUGGUUGCCAUAGUCGGGUGCGUGGGCCCGCGGAGGCUCCGCGCCGCGCGCGUGGAUGAGGGGCUGCUGCGGUGCCUGGCCGCGGUCGCGAGGGCGGGCGCCGGUGACGGCUCGCCCGACCGGCUUGCAAGGCCCGCUAUUGCGACGCUCGCUGAGAUCUGCGUGCUAAACCCCGACCUAUUCAUCGCCUGUGGCGGUGUAACAGCAGUGUCCCGGCAGCUAGCCGAAUGCGCUACACCGCACAUGGCCGAGGCGCUCUGCGGCGUACUUCUUCACACACUCAACGAGCCCGCCUCGAGGAACGCGGCCAGGAUAGACCUCACUUGCCUCAGCUUCCCGUACUGCGACUUCCACAACAGGCCCCAGGGGGACGCUAACAAGGACGAGCGCGAGAUGCGGUUCACGUGCAGCCGGCUGGCGCUGCUGUGCGUGCUGCGCAGCUGGCCCGGCCUGCUGCACUUCUGCCACCCGCGCAACUCCGGCGGCCUGCGCGCCAUGGUCUCCGCGCUCUACCUGCCCAGAUUGGAAGUCAGGAAAGCGAUAUUAGAUCUGUUGUAUGAGCUCGUUGGAUUGCCUCAGCCAGAGUGGACGGACGAGAUUUCUGUGGCACUAGCCGCUGUGGAUCCGUCUGACUUCCAAGACUCGUGGCGGCUAAACGAGGGCUUCGUGGCCGCGGAGGGCACAGCCAUUCUACCUCACCUCAGCGCGACUGGCUCUGAUAUCACUGAGAUCCAUCUUGCGCUGCUGCUCCAAUGCUUUUUAGAGGCUGGUUUACUAGACGGGCUGACUGAAGUGAUAGUGACGAGCGACACCUUCAUAUCCGUCCGCGCGACCGUCCUCCUCGGUCAACUGUUGCAUUUAAUACACCUCCUCCUACCUCCCCAAGUGUGCAGCAUUACGCCAGCGCUGCCCCUGCUCAUGUCACAAGCGGCCAGCGGGCGACCACAGGCGUUGGCGGCAGUGGCGGCCCUCAGGCGCCUCCACGCCAUACAUGAAGCGCGCCCGGCCAGCCAUUCCCUGUUCCUCGACCAUAUCAUACAAUACUGUAGCGGCGCCUACAGACACAAACCUGAAGAUACCUCAAAAAGUAGAAAAGAAAUAGACAACGCCAACAUGGCUAAGCCUAAAAACUUUAUGUAUAAGGAUAAUAGUAUAGAGUUCCUCAACGAGUCUGAUAACGAAGAACCGAAACAACGGCACAGCGUCGGCUCGCGCGCCGAUGUAGCCAACCGAAACUACGGUGUGUUAGUGAAAAGUAAAAGUGUGAGCUCCCGGACUGGUGCCGCGGUGAGCAAAGUGACUAAAUCGGCCAAGUUCUUUAAUCUGUUCGAUCGGGAUAGUGACAAUCUGAUUCGGUGUACGUUGGUGAUGCAGAAUAAGGACGGCAACACAUGGAAUUGGGAAUUUAUCAGGGCUAUCUUGAAGGAGAACGACACCGCGCCGCUCCUAAACCUGUGCGACAGCGGGCACAAAGCGUGGGUCGCACGCAUCAUCAACUACCUCAAGCCUUCCUCCAACAAGUACUCCCACACGGACGUAUCUACCACAUCCAACGGGCACGCCACUACCCGGGCCGGCUGCCAGCUAAUCAGACACUUGCUUCGGCACAAUGACGCCGACUCUCAAAGACUGCUAGAAGAACUGUUCUGGGACGUGAGCCGGCAAGUGGAAGCCAUCGAGACCGGGCGCCGCGCCCACGAGUGCCUGUUCAGCCCGCAGCACAUGAGCAACACCAUGUGCCAGAUGUACUUCCUGUUCAUCGGCCAGCUGUGCCACUCGCACACCGGCCUCGACCUGCUCAAGCAGACCAACUUGUAUGACAACCUUCUGGAACUUUCAACAAAAACCCACCACAGUUGCUACGUGAAACUAGUCAUAUCUAGCCUCGACUACACCCUCGACUCUUACCCACGGGACAUACUGGCUAAAACCCUGACUUGCAGCAUUCAAGCUUCAAGACUAUACGCCACUCAAUUCCUUACGGUCUUACUACGGGCCUCGCAAAAAUCUAAAGAAUUGGUUCGGAGAAGAUCAAAGUUGAAAAAGAACUUGGUUCAAGAGCAUUUGAAGUCGUCUCAAAGAGAGGAGGAAACGAGCGGGGUGGAUAUGGAUACUUGGCUGCUGCAGAUGCUUAUAGCCCAGCUAAAGGACGAGUCGAAGUCGGUGGUCAAAUGUGCUGUAAUGGCGUUAGAGGAAGCCUAUAGCGUACCUGCGUUACUAGAGAAGUUAGUGCUCCAAAAAAACGUGCUGGGUCACAACUGCGGGUUCGACAAGAGCACGGAGCCGGCAGCGCUCGACAUGUCCGUGGCCGGGGACCGCGGGUACCUCGUCUGGCUCGGGCUGGAGAUCGCGGCCGCGGCCGGCGCGCAGCAGGACCACAAGGCGAAGGCCUUUAUCAAGAAACAUGUGGACUACUGGGUCAAGAACUACAAUUACCGAUACGUGCGCCUAGUGGAGGCGGCGAUCCACGACGCGCUCGCGCUGUGCUCGGGCGGCGGCGGCGCGCGUGCUCGGGCGCGGCGCACGGCGCGGCCGCCGCCGCACGCGCUGCACGCGCUCGCCCGCGCGUCACACCUCGCGCGCGCCAUGCUGCCGCAGGCGCUGCAGCCUGCUCUAACGGUACGUAACACACAGAUACGUGCGCCUAGUGGAGGCGGCGAUCCACGACGCGCUCGCGCUGUGCUCGGGCGGCGGCGGCGCGCGUGCUCGUGCGCGGCGCACGGCGCGGCCGCCGCCGCACGCGCUGCACGCGCUCGCCCGCGCGUCACACCUCGCGCGCGCCAUGCUGCCGCAGGCGCUGCAGCCUGCUCUAACGUGGAGGCGGCGAUCCACGACGCGCUCGCGCUGUGCUCGGGCGGCGGCGGCGCGCGUGCUCGUGCGCGGCGCACGGCGCGGCCGCCGCCGCACGCGCUGCACGCGCUCGCCCGCGCGUCACACCUCGCGCGCGCCAUGCUGCCGCAGGCGCUGCAGCCUGCUCUAACGGCGGCGAUCCACGACGCGCUCGCGCUGUGCUCGGGCGGCGGCGGCGCGCGUGCUCGUGCGCGGCGCACGGCGCGGCCGCCGCCGCACGCGCUGCACGCGCUCGCCCGCGCGUCACACCUCGCGCGCGCCAUGCUGCCGCAGGCGCUGCAGCCUGCUCUAACGGCGGCGAUCCACGACGCGCUCGCGCUGUGCUCGGGCGGCGGCGGCGCGCGUGCUCGUGCGCGGCGCACGGCGCGGCCGCCGCCGCACGCGCUGCACGCGCUCGCCCGCGCGUCACACCUCGCGCGCGCCAUGCUGCCGCAGGCGCUGCAGCCUGCUCUAACGGCGGCGAUCCACGACGCGCUCGCGCUGUGCUCGGGCGGCGGCGGCGCGCGUGCUCGGGCGCGGCGCACGGCGCGGCCGCCGCCGCACGCGCUGCACGCGCUCGCCCGCGCGUCACACCUCGCGCGCGCCAUGCUGCCAUACGUGCGCCUAGUGGAGGCGGCGAUCCACGACGCGCUCGCGCUGUGCUCGGGCGGCGGCGGCGCGCGUGCUCGUGCGCGGCGCACGGCGCGGCCGCCGCCGCACGCGCUGCACGCGCUCGCCCGCGCGUCACACCUCGCGCGCGCCAUGCUGCCGCAGGCGCUGCAGCCUGCUCUAACGGUGCUUCAACGCAAAACUUGCGUCACCGAGCAAGAGAUAAUGGACGUGAAAGCGUCUCUCUGGGCCGUCGGCAACGCCGCGCUGCACCCCCUAGGACUACAACAACUCCUCUCGCUGACUAACCCCAGCGAAGAGUCGAUACCGGUUCGGGUCGUAGGGCUGGCGAAACAUUGCCCCGUCUACUCUGUGCGGGCCACUGCUUUCUACGUGCUGGGACUGAUCGGGAGCACUUACGAAGGGGCUAACUUGCUGUCGGACCUAGGUUGGCUGUGCGUGCGACAUACAAGGCAGGACCAAUUCCCCAUAAUCCAGGACGAAUUUUACGCCAUCCAUAACCCGACACUCAACUUCAUCGCGUCCCCCGAACGGAGAUUCCAAGUGUUCGACGCUGAGGCCAGCGAGCACUCCGACCACACCGACCUCAGCGAGAGCCUGCACUCAGAAAUCACCAAACCAAGCAAAAUCAACGAACUGAGCCAAGACAUGGUCGAUAGCAAGCUUAACAUCAAAGAACCGGACAAGAGAAAGUCUCAUACCCUCCCCUCUCAAGGCGCUUCAAUUAGCCGCACGCUUAUGACUGAGUCCAGAACGGUGGACAUACUUAGGGAUUUCGACCGGCCGCAUAGGAACCCCGCAGAGAGACUUAUUAGCAGAAUGAACUCCUUAGAGCAUGCUCAUGAAGGCAGAGUGAGGAACACGAGCGAGUCCAGCACGAGUGGCGUUAGCAGCUGCGAUUCUGUGCUCGGGAAAUAUACGAUUCCUGAUCGAGUUUUGACGCUAAGUCCCAUACCAAGCUCGUCGAGCCUGUACGGAAUGAAAGGCAGCAGCGGCUCGCAUCGACCAAGGCUGUCAGAGACGCAGCGACGGACUUCAAGUUCAAGUUUCACAGCUCCAGAUGUGUCGAGCUCGCCGCCCUCUCAGUUGGACAUGAGUGGAUAUGCCACCUUAAUAUCACUCAAUAAACACAGACGACCUCACCUGUCGGAGAGCGCGGCGUCGGGCUCGAGCGACAUGGACGAUCUGAGCUGGCUGUUGUCCGACACCCACCGGCGCAGCAAGCCUUUCUCUUCGUUGAGGGACCGCGCCAAGUCAACUAGAGAGAGAAUGGCCAAGUUGAGCUUGCUGGACUACGACUGGAAGCCGCUGUGCGUGGCCGAGAGCGGGUCGGGCGAGGCGCGCGCGCCGCGCAGCGCCGCCGCCCAGGCCGCGCCCGCGCCCGCCGCCGCCGCCGGCCCGCCGCCGCACUACAUCGGCAUCUGUCUGCCGCGCGACCUGCAGGCGCUGUUCCCGAGGCCGCGCCCGCGCCCGCCGCCGCCGCCGGCCCGCCGCCGCACUACAUCGGCAUCUGUCUGCCGCGCGACCUGCAGGCGCUGUUCCCGAGGUGAGUCGCGUGUGUCCACUGUGCUGCACCACUCCCGCCCAGGCCGCGCCCGCGCCCGCCGCCGCCGCCGGCCCGCCGCCGCACUACAUCGGCAUCUGUCUGCCGCGCGACCUGCAGGCGCUGUUCCCGAGGUGAGUCGCGUGUGUCCACUGUGCUGCACCACUCCCGCCCAGGCCGCGCCCGCGCCCGCCGCCGCCGCCGGCCCGCCGCCGCACUACAUCGGCAUCUGUCUGCCGCGCGACCUGCAGGCGCUGUUCCCGAGGCCGCGCCCGCGCCCGCCGCCGCCGCCGGCCCGCCGCCGCACUACAUCGGCAUCUGUCUGCCGCGCGACCUGCAGGCGCUGUUCCCGAGGUGAGUCGCGUGUGUCCACUGUGCUGCACCACUCCCGCCCAGGCCGCGCCCGCGCCCGCCGCCGCCGCCGGCCCGCCGCCGCACUACAUCGGCAUCUGUCUGCCGCGCGACCUGCAGGCGCUGUUCCCGAGGUGAGUCGCGUGUGUCCACUGUGCUGCACCUCUCCCGCCCAGGCCGCGCCCGCGCCCGCCGCCGCCGCCGGCCCGCCGCCGCACUACAUCGGCAUCUGUCUGCCGCGCGACCUGCAGGCGCUGUUCCCGAGGCCGCGCCCGCGCCCGCCGCCGCCGCCGGCCCGCCGCCGCACUACAUCGGCAUCUGUCUGCCGCGCGACCUGCAGGCGCUGUUCCCGAGGUGAGUCGCGUGUGUCCACUGUGCUGCACCACUCCCGCCCAGGCCGCGCCCGCGCCCGCCGCCGCCGCCGGCCCGCCGCCGCACUACAUCGGCAUCUGUCUGCCGCGCGACCUGCAGGCGCUGUUCCCGAGGUGAGUCGCGUGUGUCCACUGUGCUGCACCACUCCCGCCCAGGCCGCGCCCGCGCCCGCCGCCGCCGCCGGCCCGCCGCCGCACUACAUCGGCAUCUGUCUGCCGCGCGACCUGCAGGCGCUGUUCCCGAGAGUCGCGUGUGUCCACUGUGCUGCACCACUCCCGCCCAGGCCGCGCCCGCGCCCGCCGCCGCCGCCGGCCCGCCGCCGCACUACAUCGGCAUCUGUCUGCCGCGCGACCUGCAGGCGCUGUUCCCGAGGUGAGUCGCGUGUGUCCACUGUGCUGCACCACUCCCGCCCAGGCCGCGCCCGCGCCCGCCGCCGCCGCCGGCCCGCCGCCGCACUACAUCGGCAUCUGUCUGCCGCGCGACCUGCAGGCGCUGUUCCCGAGGUGAGUCGCGUGUGUCCACUGUGCUGCACCACUCCCGCCCAGGCCGCGCCCGCGCCCGCCGCCGCCGCCGGCCCGCCGCCGCACUACAUCGGCAUCUGUCUGCCGCGCGACCUGCAGGCGCUGUUCCCGAGUGAACUACAUGAUAUCGAUGUGGAAGAGAAAGACCCUCUGAAAGUGAACAAAUCCUCAACAUUACUGAACGAUACGAGCAUCGCUAGCACUGAAAAACCACGGUUAAGUAAAUGUCUCGAAGUAGACGUGUCGAGCUCGACCGACGUCAGCUCACGAAUAUCCAGCGCCACCGUCACGAGCAGAACAUUAACCGACAGAAACAAAGAAGCUAACCCGAAGGAAAACGAGAAGGCCAUCGAACGACAGAGUAGUGUCGAACGCAGUUUCAACGAUUCCAGUUCGAAUAUCGACAAGGAAGCAAAGCUGGAGUCGACAAACGACGGGAAGUGGAGGCACGCGGCCAACGAGUGCUUGGCGUGCGUGCGGACGAGGCCGCCGUCCUCGCACGAGCUGAGAGAGGCGUUUUUCUUUGGUUUAGAAGGCGGGUCCGGCGACAGCGGCCGCGCCGCCAGCGCGCCGCAGGCCGAGCUGCUGCACCACGUGCGCUGCAUGUCCAACCCCAUCUACCUGCGGCAGACGCGCUCCGCGGUGCUGUCGCUGAAGCAGAAGCACCCGGACGUGUUCCGCAGCGCGUGCGUGUACUCGGACGUGUGCGGGCAGCUGGCGCGCGCCACGUACCUCAUGUGCGCGCGCCGCUUCCUGCACGAGCUGUUCCUGGACGCCUCCUUCGAGUGCUUCGCCGCCGAGCCGCGCGCGCUGCUCGCCCGCCACGCCGCCGCGCCGCCCUCCCCCCCUACGCGAGGCGCGAGGAGUAGCACAGGUGCGCCCCGGAACGAUGGCGAAAGAGAUAAUGUUUUACUAAAUGCGGCAUCGACCUAAUAUUUUUGGGGUCGGGACGGUUCUUUAUCAUUUUUCUUUCAUGGUAGCGAGGAUAAUGUAAGCUGUUGGGAUUUUGAGGAAAGUACUGGCGUACGCUACCUCACGUGCGCUGCAGAGAAGCCUAUUAGUGAUACCCGAAGCGGAAAGAAUAGUUUUGAACCCAAGCCUAUCAAUUAGAUUUAUCAACUGAAAGCGGCAUAAACAUAAAGAUUUCAUUUGUUGUUUGCUAACCACUGCUUCCGUGGAACUGCAGUAAUUUAUAAUAUCGACUAUCUUGCUAAGAUCGCAUUCAACCUUUGAGGGUAGGGUACGACCAAUUUCCGAGGCAUUUCAGCAACGAACAUCUUAUAGCAAAUAUGAUGUGUAUGGAGUGAGGAACCCACCAGAAAGCAUAAGAAGAGUUCGCAUAAACUACACACUGCUUAAAGCAGUCUAGUGUGCAGUAAUAAUGUCCCAUAAAAUGAUUCCCGACUACACCGAAAACAAUUAUAUGUAAGUGAUUUCUGGAGAUCUGGUACGAAUAGAUUUAUUGUAAUCAACUAUUGCAAAAUAAUCACCAAAAUUUUGAACGUAAUUGAUAAUUUUAGUAACAUUUUUAUACUGCAUUUGGACGGUUAUUUUAUUAGACAAAAUUGUCUAAGUACACAAUUAUUAUAACCAUGUAUGUAACCAUUUUGUCAUGCACACGUAGAUAUUAUCAUUCACCUAUUUGAUCCAUUUGUGCCAACUCACCUGGAAUCACCUAUAAUCGUUAGUUGUUGCCAUAUUUUAGUUACGUACAGAAGCAACGAUGAUGAAAGUUGGCCAACUCAGCAGAGGUAUAAUGGUGUAUUUAACUUUGACUCAAAUGUACCUAAUACAUGUCUUAAGAGGAUGUACCAAUUUUGUAAAUGAACGACGGAAUGCUGAAUUUCACGCGGGAGACAAGUAUUUAAGCCGAGUUCAUUCGGGGCGAAUGACUGAAAAGGGGACGCAGAUGAAUUUACGACUUUGCUAAAUUGUGUUUUCACUGAACCCUUACACUAUUGACAUUGUACAUUGUAUUGUGUCUAGAGAUUUAAAGAAUUGCUCGUGGCAAUUGCUCUUGUUUUGAAAUACCUGUUAAACUAACAAGUUUAAAACAGGUCAGCCAGAAAAUCCUUAUCACUUUUAUAAAGAACUGGUGCUGGAAAUAUUUUAAAUACGUGUUGUCCGAGUCGUCUGUAUAAUCGCCAUAUUCUGUGGAGUCCCCUGUGAACACGGCCUGAUCCUCGUUCAACAUUUGUCUUUGAACUAACAAUCCGCGCCAUAUUGAUAUUACCAUGAUGACGGUAUGACUUCCUAUAUUAGUGGUAUUACGGCCGUGUAUUAUUUUCCUAUGUGUACAGAAAGAUUGUUAUUUAUGUUAUGAUAUUUGUAGCUGCGGAGACCGGUUUGCGAUUAUGCCUUUAAAACGACGUUCAGAAAUGUGGCAACUUGAAUGAGCCUUUACUGACUUUGCUUACUGUCUAGACUCUAUAAAGAAAAAGUUGUGGUAAAACAGCAUAAACUAAUAUUUUCCGUUGAUUUUGGUGUUUGUCAAGUGACGUUAAAAUAUGCAUCGACAGUAAUGCGCUUGUGUGUUCUGAGCCCUUUCUGUACAUCGUCACACAUUAAUUGGUUAUCCGCAGUGAUUAAGAAUAAGUUAAGUAAGGUUGUAUACUAUGUUAUAAACUGAAUCUAAUUACUUGUUUCAAUCCGAGCUUCCGAUUAAAUAACACCAGAUCAUCUAGCAAGUAGCAGUUUUACGACUUGUUUCAAAGCUAAUUUCCUAUAAAUAAAGACUCAAUCAGGAGCUCUUAGUUUGAUGCGGUACAUAAUCUGCUUUGUAAUAUAUAGCAAUCUAUAGAUUAUUUAUUUGUGUGUUGUACAUUAAUAAUUAUUAAUUAUUUUUAAUAUUUAUAAAUGCUCGCGGAAAGCUAAGGGUCCCUGACUCGUGAAAAUUGCAGAAAAAUAUAUUUAUAAGUGAACAUGCUAGAACUCUGGUUGUAUAUGGUCUCAACAAGCUCUUAACCUUUUGAACGCUGCGUCAAAAAUAAGAAGUUGCCAUUUGGACGCCACGCCAUCGCAAAUUACAUGCAAUAUUAAACCUUACGCUUGCUGUAAAUAAUCUGGCAAAAAAUUAAAGGGGGGAAAAAACGAAUCAUUACUUCGUUGUUUACUAAUACAGUCACUUUUUUGAUAAUAUAGCAAGCCACUGUGUACUUUCAAAUGCCCCACUGAGGAGUUUAGCUAUGAUAGCGUCCGAGGUAAGAUUUUCCUCUGACGGGUAUAACAGACGGAACGGACAAAAGGUUAACUACAUAUUUACAUGCGUUCCUCGCUAACUAAAGUCGCUCACUGCCUGUGUUCAAUAACGAUAAAUGAAUUUAUACCUUAAUUAUUACGAAUCUACAGUUGCAUUUAAAUAUUAUUAAUAGUGAAUAUAGAAACACCCCAUUUACUGGUCAACUAUUUGCUAUAAAGUUAUGUUUUUAUGAAUAGUUACUGGCGGCACCCUACAUUAGGCAUUAAGUGUUGCCAGUCAUUUAUAAAUUCGGAGCUUAAUAUUUUAGAAUAUUCAGCCUUGCUAGCAUUAUCGUGGAUAUAAAUAACUUUUAAAAUGCGAUCGGCGAGAACUUUAUACCCACGGUAAAAGCUAGCUCCCAUAGAUUGCAAGAAAAUUUGUCGCGCUACUCAAAGUGCCCGUCAUGUUCGAUCUGUUACGGCUGCCCUGCCGCGAUAACUUUGUGUACGAACACAUUCUUCGCGUUGCGUUUCGCCUAUCGAUAAAUAGGUUGUAAUGUCGUUGAUGGAGGCACUCUGCAAACAUCGAAAUCUAUAGGUCGUCUAUCUGCAAUAGUGCAAGAAUGCUAGAGGUAAUUAAGGAUCUUCAAAUUUCGAUGUUUGCGAAGUUUAAAUCGGGCGUUAACAAAAGGCCCGGACCUUUAAUUAGAGCGGUAGGUAAUACCAUCGUGUUGGCCAAUCCUGUGCGUUCCUCAUGACAAUAGCCAGUAUUCGCGAUGACUGAACAAUCACCAUUCCCCCUCGACUUUAGGGUAUUUUAGUAACAUGUCCCACCUAUGCAUUCAAUACGAAAUCUUCCUAAUAAUGUACCUAUAGUUACAAGAAAGCAUACAAAUAAAUACAUGUGACUGUACCUUGUGUUCAAUGAAUACUUCUUAUAAUUGCAUUUAGUAUUUUGUUAGUUUUCUGUAUCAUUAUGAACUUGUUAUUUUUUAUGUUGAACUCAAACAUUGUAGGUAUCUAGUAACUUAUGUCGUCGUAUUUAAUUAUAACUAUUACUUAUAAGUAUUAUUCAUGCAAGAAGGAAAGUCACAGUUACUAUUUGUUAUUUAAUUGUUUGUUAUGUAAUCUACGCCUAAUGUUAUAUUUGGGGCUAUCCUAUAAGUUAUUUAUAAAUAUUAAAUUCAAUAAUAUGAUUCAGUAUUUUAAAGCUUCACUUUGUGCUAGGUCUUCUUUGCAUUACAUUAGAAAGAGCUGAUUAUCAUAGUUUUAUAUGUCUCUACUGGGUUGAGUUUUCGAAUACGAGUAGAUCAUCACUAUGUCAAAACAAUUGACCCUCUAGUGUCACUGCUACUGAUUGUGCAAUAGUGCAGUUGGUUAUUUUUUUUUCUUAAUAAAAAUUUUAGCUUUUCAUUAAAAGAUCCUGCACUAUCUAUUUUGUCUAUAAUCUACAUUCAAUUCCAAUUUUUUUUCUGAUUUUUAAUUUUUUACAUUUAAACUUAUUAACUCCCACCUACAUAAACAGUAUUGAAAACAGCAACACCUAAUUCUUUAUUUUACAAUUUAUCUACUUAUUUCCUGAAUUAUAUUAUUAUAAAACACAGAAUAAAAUGCCUUCAAUUUUCAGUUCUUCAUUACCAGGAUACUGGAAAUGACGAUUGUAGAUAUAUAUAAUAUGUAUAUUUAAAUGUUAUAAUCCAUAUAGAAUAUAGAGUGGGUCCUGAUAAGGUAAUGCGUGUUGCAUCAUUAAAUUAAAACAAUUUUUGCAAUAACUAUCUAAUUAAAUAUAUUGUAUUUUAUACUGUAA